CUCUAACAACUCCUGCAAGGUCACCAUGCAGACAAAAUUUGUUUCACAGCAAUGUGGUGAGCUCCAAUAUUGGUCUGGUUUGUCCACUGUAACCAGCUUUGAUGCAGGAAGUACAGUUGCCAUGGGUAUGGCAGAUAAUGGCCUACCGCUGCAAGACAUUAAUCAUUUCUCUCCAAGGAGCCUCUUGAUACAGUCACUUGUUGAGCAAUUAUGCAAGUUACUGGCAAAUACUCCAGGGCAGCAGAAGAGGCUCUAUAAUGUUAUCUGCCACAAGCUGCAUCAGAUGAACCUCAUCGAUCAGUCAUACAAUGUGGAGGAAUUUGAGUUCAUGCGCAGCCACUAUCAAAGAGCUCUGUUUCAUCUAUUCACUGUUGCCAAAUCUGUGACAGCUAACAAUGAAAAUGAAACUAAUGUUUUGCUCCAACUUCCCAGGUAUAACCUUGGAAUGUCAAAUAAGCUAUUGCCUUGUGACUAUUCUCGCUAUAGUACAGAGUACGAGCAGCUGGAAUUUAUUGCACAUGGUGGUUUUGGUCGAGUGUACAAAGCCAGAAACAAACUUGAUGGAGUAGAAUAUGCUGUCAAAAAAAUCUGUCUACAGUACCGCAGUGUUCAUGGGUUUCUACACAGUUUACGCGAAGUGAAGAUGUUAGCAAAGUUGAACCACCCCAACAUUGUAUCCUAUAAAGCUGCAUGGUUGGAACCCAUAUCUUCCACAACAAAUAGUCAAUUUUCAGAAGAAGAUGGUAGUGAUAAGACUGACAAUGCAUUGCAACACACAUACAGAACUGCAGCAGAGAAGAAGAUUUAUCACUAUAGCACUGAGGAUGAUUCUCACAGUAUUGUAUUUAAAAACAGCAAAUCCAGGGACAAAGAAGGACUUAGUGACAGUAGUGUGGGUGUCAGCAUUGGUGAACGUCAUGACAAUAAUAAUCAAGAAACAAGUGUUAGUGACCACAGUAACAAUUUGUGCAUAGUCAGUCUGCAGAAGAGAACACUGCCACCUACUCAUUCAUACACAAAUGUAGGGAGUGCUGAUGAUGUUUCGUCAACCACACAUUCUGUAAUGGAACCUGUGUGCAUAGGCAAGAUACCAAGUACAAAAACUUCACAUGAAUCUUCUACUUCAUCAGAUGACAGUAAUGUGUUAGUGGAUAAAGUUAUGGUGAAGUACCAGGAAGCCAAGAAAAUUGCCAAUUUCUGGGAGAUUGAGAAUCCAUAUGCUCAUUUUGAAUCAGCCAUGCUGUAUGUGCAAAUGCAGCUGUGUGAAAGAACAUUGAGACAGUGGUUGGACAUAAGAAAUUCACAAGACUCUCCUGCAGUGGAUGUGAAGCAGAGCAUUGCCAUAUUCCAGCAAAUUGUGAGCGGAGUAUGCUACAUUCACUCACAGAGCAUUGUGCACCAUGAUAUUAAACCUAGCAACAUUUUUGUGAACCACAACCUGAGCCAAGUUCAGGUUGGAGACUUUGGCCUAGCUUGUUGUCUACAACACUCUUCUGAUGAUGUGACAUUGAUGGUGCAGCCAUCAUCUGAGCAUCCAAUCAUGCACAAGGGAGAGAUAGGGACAAAGUUGUAUGCAGCGCCAGAGCAGCUAAGAGGGAAGUGUGAUUCAAAGAGUGACUUGUACAGCAUGGGGAUUGUCUUGUUUGAGCUGCUGCAGCCUUUCAGUACAGACAUGGAGCGCUACAAGGUUAUCAUGCAGCUCAGAUCUGGCCACAUCCCUUCAGAGCUUACCGUGACAGUACCAAAACUGGCCCAGCUGAUUGGUCGCCUUGUGUCUGCUUCACCUUCAGAUCGACCAUCUGCCAGUGAGCUUCAGUUGAUGCUUGUGCCACUAAUAAAGGAAACAAAUGAUGCUGAAAGUAUAGAUGGAGAAAACAAGACAGUUCAACACUUGCUUGCAGUGAUACAGAAGCAGAAUCAUGAGAUUGAGGAGCUCCGGCAGCAGCUUCAAAAAUUGCAGACUAGUGCAGCUGUAAAAUGACAUCUUCAUUCUAUUACAUUAACAUGGCAGGGCAUUUUAUGAUAUUUCAUUAAUUUAUUCUCUUGUAUUGGCCAUGAUUUGCAAAUAGUGUUUUUAAAUGACAAUCUUCAGUCUAGGUAGUUUGUCAUCUCUCGUUAUUUACAAGCAAUGAUCAGUUAAUAUUGGGGUUAUGUUCCUGCAAAACAUGACAUAAGUGAUACAACAUAAAAAGAUUGAAUAUUUCCUGAAAUAGAUUAGACAUGUUCUGCCACUGCAGUACUCUGAAAAAGUAUAGUUCAAUUAAAUAAGUGAAAUAAUAUCAAAUAUUUAGGAAACAAAGUGCAGAUGUAAACCACUCAGUUGAGUGCCUUACCAGCGUAUAAGCUGCUCUUGUUGUACUAACUAACUAGUCGUGCUGUGGCAAUGUUGACUGCCUUGGAGAUUUCAGAGUUUCACUUAUGAUAUGUUUUGUGAUUCAUCUUCAGUUUUAUGGCAGACUUUAGGCUUAAACUUUAAAGUGAGAAUCUUAAGUGGGUCUUGCCUUAUCAUCGUGGUCCUCCUUGUCUUGUGUUCUUCACUAUUCCAUUUAAUCCAAGUUCUAACUAGACAGUUUUUCACUGUGAAAUUCAAGAAACUCACCAAAAUCUUCAGUUUCCAUAUUCUCCAAUCUUAUCUCAUUGGAUAGCAGUGCAUCCUGUAUAAUGACCAUGGCAUUUAUGAUAUACAUUUUCCAAAACUGCUGGGCAGUAGGAUGAUCUAACCUGUCUAUUGCCAUGAUCAACUAUGAAAUAAUCUGAAUACAGCAAUCACACCCUGGUUCAUUGGUUGCAACAAAGAAGCGGUAUUCAGUGGCAUGAACACAAAUUUUUUGUUCUGUCAGCAUUUAUCAAGAUUAAUCGGUUAGGCUCAGGAGUAUGAUUCAAAUACAACUUUUGAGGCAUAUGAAUAACUAAAAAUGAUGGUACAAAUUUUUGUCAGUGUUUUUAAAUUCAUCAAGUGACAUGUAAGUGGUAAUAAUCCCUAGCUUGCCAGUAACAUAAAAAUAAUACAUAGUUAACUGAUAAUGUUAAGUGAUAAUUGCAUGUAUUAUUCAUUCCUAAAAUGUGACCUGUUAAAUUUGUCCAUGAACUUAAAUGCAUGUUGCAAAGUUAUUUAAAUGAGUUUAAUUAAAUAUGAAAAAUUAUUCAAAA